CCAUGGAAACAAUGAGAAUACAGCAUCCUGUUUAAAAAGAACCAACAUGACUAUGCCGUGGUGAUUUAACAGCGACUAUAUACACAAAGAUAAAGAGAGAGUGUCAUAGAGCUGUGCGUGGUGAGAGAGGAAGGAAGAUGGAGUGAAAGAAUGGCAAGAGGAGACACCGUUGUAACAGGUUCUGAUGUAUGAAGAAACAGCUAAGUUGCAAGUCCGACUUGUACAGGAAACCGUAACUUCCGCAACCUACAUGAGAUACUGUGCUGCUAAACAUGAGACUUUCAUAAAGACUCAAUGAUCCUAUUCAUAUUGCCGUUUUACUCUUUGAUACGGCAAAAAAGAGAAACGGGUAGCAUUUGAUAAACACAUUGUUUAUCUAGUUUUCAGGAGGGCUGAAUAAUCGGAGAAUGAGUCUCUUUCAUGUGAAGGUCAGAAACAGCUGUAAAGGGAGUGACAGGCUUGCUGAAAACAUGGUACCAGUCCAAGAUGGGGCAUCCAAACAAAGGGAAAGCCUACUUAUUCCCCCUAAAGAGGCCCAUACGGAAAGUUCAGAGUCCAAUAGGAUCCGACCGAGGCAGGCCUCCCCUGCACGGAGAAUUGGCAUGACCAGAAGAUGGAAUGAUAAAAAGGAUUUCAAGGACAUAGAGAACCCAGAGGAGAGUGAGAAGAAACAUAAAGAGACAGAGCUCAAGCCAUUGUACAGGGAACUUCUGUACACAAUCACUCAUCGAUUAGGAAAAACAAACACAAAAGAGAAAUACAGUGCCAAAGAGUUGCAAGACUACGUCAGAGAGGCAUUUUCCAUGACAGAGGCAGAGCAUGAAAGCUUGAGUGAAAAAGUCAGAAGCUCAUUGACUCCAGUCUACUGUCUGAUGGUUACAGUGAAGCAAGCCAAAGGUAUUCUUGGGAAAGACGUCAGUGGAUUCAGUGAUCCAUAUUGCCUGCUGUCGAUGUUACAUGAAGAUAAGGAGUCUCAUAGUGCCGCAUCUUCACACAAACCCCAGAAAGCAGUAGUGCGCAAGUCGGCUAAAGGGCAGGUGUUCCAGACAAGCAUAAAGAAACAGACCCUCAACCCCAUCUGGGAUGAGACCUUCAAACUGGAGUUUGACGACAUCUCAAGUGUAAAUUUCCACAUCGAGAUGUGGGACAAAGAUGAGGAGGUGUCACUAGCGCAAAAACUUGAUGAGUUUCGCACACACAUCCAAGGACUUAAAAGGAUGAUAAAGGAUGCACGAAAGGAGAAAGGCCAAGAUGAUUUUUUGGGUUAUGUUGUUCUGAAAUUAAAGGACUUGCAUUGUACUGAGGACAACUGGUUUAACCUGGAGCCCCGAACAGAGACAUAUCCAGACAGAGGACAGUGUCAUCUUCAGCUUAAAUUCAUUCAUAAAGAGCGAGAUGAAACCCUGAGUUCUGGACGGAGUCAUUAUGUGAACUACUGUGGCAUCCUGCAACAGUUUGUUCAAGCCCAUAUCUCUAAGCAACAGGACAGUAACCCAUGGAAAGGAGAGCUGUGUGGGGAGGGGACGGCCCUGCUUGAGUACUACGCCACUCAGAAUGAUAUUUCACCUUUUCUUCAAGACUUGGCGAAGUGGGUCGCAUACAGUAAACUGUACCAAAUCCUAGAGGUGGAUUCAACGGUGCUUUUUCAGCAAAUAACAAGUAUAGAGUAUCACUGGGACCACCAGGAACUCCCCCAACAACAAAAACAGGAGCUAGGUGAUUCUCUGCAUGGGUUUCUGCAGUAUGGGCUCUGCUUGGUGUCAAAAUACAGAGACAUCUUUUCUCCAACCCCCAAAACAACACCACGGCUACAUAUACUGCUGAGGGUUCUUGUCCAGAUUUGUAAAACUCGAGCAUUUCAGAAGCUAAAUCCUGCUAAUUUUGACUUACAUGUUGAGGUCAUCAAUUCUGUUGCUACUGGCACAGUAGAGUGGUUUAACAUCAAAAAAGGUUUACAUCAGCCGAUGACUAAGGAUCUUCUGGAAACUGUCAGUGCUCUCUCUCGGUUGAUUGGAGAAGUGCAAGAAGACAUCCGGCUCAGUAAAGAUGUCUGGAACAAGGUGUUUGUCAGUGCAGUGCAGUUGGAUGUUUUCACUGUGGUUUACCAUAAGCUUGACUCCCUGUUGGCUGAUGAGUUAAAAGCUACAUUCUCUCAGUUGGAGAAUCAAAUGGAUCAGCCGCUGGCAAACAGCCUGUUUCCUGUGUAUCUUUCCUUGCAAGCAAUACACAAAGACAAAGCCUUCUUACAAAAAAGGGGGAAAUUGCUGCAGCUCACAAGUUUCCAUGAGGACUUCAGAGAUGCUCUUCCAUACUGGUUAAACAAAGCCUUUAGCACCACGAUUGAGAGGGUGGAAAAGGCCGUGAAAGUGGAUCAGUUGCAGCCACUGCAAACCGGAACAGUUCCCAUCAAGCACAGCUCUUCUGCAGUGGAUAUUGCAGCAUGUUUACAUCCUAUUGCACAGCUCUGGGAACAAUUGAGCUGGCCUGAUCCAGAGGAGGCCUUCAUGCUUAUGGUCAAACUCACAGAGGAUGUGUGUAAGAUUGCAUCAACAUACUGUCAGAUGCUGAAGGCUCGUGUGAAGGAGCUCUCUGUAGACUCAGAUCAUGGCAGUGCUAUAAACAUGUUAUGUGUAGUGGUGAAUGAUCUGGAGCAUCUGCACACUGUUUUGACACGGCUACCACAGCAACUGAACUGGGAGGGGCUUCGGGAACGUACACGGCAUGGGAUUGGAGAGGCCCAGUUCCAGAAUACGCUUCCAUCGCAGCUGCAACACACACAGUCCGCCCUUAACCGAGAGAUCCGCACUGCGGUUGACACACUCGGGAAGAAGUUGAAAAGAGAUAUUGAGAUACACGUUAGCAAUAUGGCUUCACGUCAUAGGUUUCCCUCCAGAUCAACAGAAGAGGCUGUGGUUCCUUUAAUGAAAUAUCUGGAGACAGAACUUAAGUAUAUGAAUGAAAAUCUGGUACAAGAAAAUUUUAACAGUCUUCUUACACCAUUGUGGAUGAACUCGGUUAAGAUUCUGCAACAGAUGUCUGCACAGGGAGACAGUAACCUGGUUUACUUUCAGAGAUUGCUGUACACACUGCAGUGUUUAGAACAGUGUUUUCAUGCUGAAGGGAAUGGACUUCCUGUUGAGACACUACAUACUGAUGAAUACAAGACACUGCGAGCACACUUAACACAAAACUCUUUAAGCUGUAAUCAGCUGAUAGAGAAAUUCUUUGAGAGAAAAGUGUGGGAACAGAAAGUGUUUAAUGGAGAGAAAUAUGGAGCCGUCACUCUGAUCACCUCAUACAAACGCUUAGACCAGAAACUGCAUGUAGAGGUGCUCAACGCUGUCAACCUCACCCCUCUCGACUCAAAUGGUUCCAGUGAUCCUUUUGUUCAGCUGUCUCUAAGACCAAAGCAUGUGUUCCCUGUGAUUGAGUCACGAUCCACCAAGAUCAAGCAAUGCGAUCUCAACCCAUUGUUUGAAGAGUCCUUUGAAUUUGUCAUUACUUUAGAGCAGUGUAAGUCUCCAGGAGCAUGCCUGUUGGUGACAGUGCUGGACCAUGACACUUUAAGCAGUGACGACUUUGAAGGAGAAGCAUUCCUCUCUCUGAAGGCGGUGCCAGGAGUUGGGGGUGGAGGCAAUAACCCUACGCCUGCACAGAUCCGCCUACCUCUGAUGCACCCCAAACCCAACAGUGACAAUUUCUUGAAGUUACUUGAGGCCAGGAAAGGAGAAAGAGACGCUCAGGUCUUUGUCAAACUACGUAGACAGAGAGAAAAGCAGUCUCAAGAAGAUUAAGGACAAGAAAUGGACAAUGUACACCCCCCUCCCUU